CUCGCCCCGCUUCCCCUCGAGCCUCCCUCCGAGGAGCCCGCAGCCGCGGGGCGCCCGGAAGAUGGCGGCGGCGGCGGGAGACGGCGGCGAGCGGGGCGCGGGCCUGGGCGGCGCGGCGGGGCCGGGGCGGGGGCCGGGGCCGGGGCCGGGCCCCUCGGCCGGGGCGCACGAGGACGCCCGGGGCCCCGCGCCCGCCGCGCUGCAGCCCGAGGAGGUGGCGGCGCGGCUGCAGCGGAUGCGCCGGGAGCUGAGCAACCGCCGGAAAAUCCUGGUGAAGAACUUGCCCCAGGACAGCAGCUGCCAGGAAGUUCAUGAUUUAUUACAAGACUAUGAGUUAAAGUAUUGUUAUGUGGACAGAAAUAAACGAACAGCUUUUGUUACCUUACUGAAUGGGGAACAGGCCCAGAAUGCCAUCCAGAUGUUGCAUCAAUAUUCUUUUCGAGGAAAAGACUUAACCGUCCAGCUCCAGCCAACAGAUGCUUUGCUGUGUAUUACCAACUUGCCCCCUUCUUUUACACUAGAGGAGUUUGAAGAACUGGUUCGUGCUUAUGGAAAUAUCGAGAGAUGUUUUCUCGUCUACAGUGAAGUUACCGGCCGCUCCAAAGGCUAUGGAUUUGUGGAGUACAUGAAAAAGGACUCGGCUGCCAAGGCUCGCCUGGAGCUCGUGGGUAAACAGUUGGGAGCAUCAGCUCUCUUUGCACAGUGGAUGGAUGUUAACCUACUGGCUGCAGAGCUCAUUCAUUCUAAGUGCCUUUGUAUAGAUAAACUCCCUAGUGACUACAGGGAUUCAGAGGAGCUGUUGCAAUUUUUUUCCAGUAUCCAUAAACCUGUGUUUUGCCAGCUUGCACAGGAUGAAGGUAGUUCCGUUGGUGGCUUUGCGGUGGUUGAAUAUAACACUGCAGAGCAUGCAGAAGAGGUUCAGCACGCAGCUGAUGGGAUGACCAUCAAGGGGAGCAAAGUCCAGGUUUCCUUCUGCACCCCGGGAGCGCCAGGGCGAAGCACGUUAGCAGCGUUGAUAGCAGCUCAACGUGUGAUGCACAGUAAUCAAAAGGGCUUACUUCCAGAGCCAAAUCCAGUACAAAUUAUGAGAAGUUUGAACAACCCCGCCAUGCUGCAAGUUCUGCUACAACCCCAGCUCUCCGGGCGAGCUCUUAAACCAGCAGUUCUUGGAACACCUCACAGCUUGCCACAUCUGAUGAAUCAUCCAUCCAUCUCUCCUGCAUUUUUACAUUUGAAUAAAGCACAUCAGAGCUCAGUUAUGGGUAAUACUUCUAAUUUAUUCCUUCAGAAUCUUUCUCAUGUUCCGCUGGCACAGCAACAAUUAAUGAAAUUUGAGACUAUUCAUACAAAUAGUAAACCGGGCUUGCUCGGGGAACCCCCGGCCAUGGUCCUGCAGACUGCAGUGGGGAUCGGGUCCAUGCUGCCCUUGAAGACAGAGUUGGGCCAUCACGGAGAAGCACAUAAAACAUGCAGUCUGAUGCCAGCUCAAACAACGAUGACAGCUGGAAGGGGCGUGUUACCGUUCUUUCCGAAUCCGCACGUGGCGGGACGAGCUGCGCCGGGGCGUGGGAAUGCUCAGGGCAAGCAGCCGGCCGCGGGGGCGAUGGCGGAAGGGAACGUCUCAGGGUCGCGGGCUUAUCUUCGGAGCUUGCCAAACCUUCCAGCUGCAGGCGUGCUGACCGGACACCAGAGGCAACAGCAGAGUCAGCCGAAAAGCACGGAGAUAAGUUCAGGGGCUGCCUCUAAGAAUCAGACUUCACUCUUGGGAGACCCACCAAAAGAAAUUCGGCUCAGCAAAAAUCCGUACUUGAACUUGGCAAGUGUGUUACCCAGUGUGUGCUUGUCAUCCCCUGCAAGUAAAACCACUCUACAGAAGACUGGAAUUGCAAGCAACAUUCUGGAUGCAAUCUCUCAGGGAAAUGAAUCACAACACACAUUGGAAAAGUGCAUUGCUUACUCUCAUCCUUUUGGUGAUUAUGCACAGGUGUCAUCUUUAAGAAAUGAGAAGCGAGGCUCAUCAUAUCUCGUCUCUGCCCCAGAAGGUGGUUCAGUGGAGUUCGUUGACCAGCAUUCUCAGGGCACAGGAGCAUAUUACAUGGAAACCUACUUAAAAAAGAAGCGUGUGUACUAAGUUCUCUCCUUAUAACCUCGUAAGGUUCUUUGCAGUAUCUCUGCUGUUCUUCGCUGCCUUAACUACAUUCAAACUAGCCAUAUCCUUUAAAUACGGGUUUAUAAUUUCCCAGAAGGAACUGUGCUGUGCAGCAGGCAGAAUUGCCAAAUAAAAAAUAAGUAGCAAUAAGAAGAAAUAUCAAUUGAGGACAUUUUCCACCAGAAUUAGAUGCAUCUUAAUCAAUGUGAUAUUAACUUACAGUCCAUUGGAGAAAUUAACAAUAUUCCUUGUUUUAGGACUGGGAAUAAUUUUGACACCACACAUAAAAGUUUGAAGCAAUAAACGAGAAACAGUCUUGUUUCCUGAGCCUUAGAAGAAUGAGGUUCUUAUAAGCUAAUGGGCAUUUCAACUUACUUUCCCUAGAAGUAAUCUCAUUUAUAGAUUUUUAAAACUUUUCCUAGAACUACACAAGUACAGAUAAAGAUGCUCUACAUGCAGACUAAAUGAUUACCCCCACACCAGCCAUGCAAUAUAAACUCAAACAUAGAGUGAUCGUGACAUCCGAGGUGGACACUACUGCAGAUGAUUUACCUUUAAUUUUUUACCAUUUAUACCUUUUGUGAAAAACACAAGGUAUUUUAAGAAAAGUAGCUUUGGUGAUCUAAUUACCAGGGUUGGCAAACUACAUCCUGGGGUCAAAUUCAGCCUUCCACCUGUUUUUAUACUGUCUGCAAGCUAAGCAUGAUGUUUACAUUUUUAAAUAGUUGGAGGAAAAAAGAAAAUUUAUGACUUGAAAAUUAUAUGAAAUUCAGAUUUCAGUGUCCAUACAUAAAAUUUCACUGGAACACAACCAUGCUCAUUUAUUUACGUACCAUCUAGGGCUAUUAUUUUGUGCUACAAUGGCAGAGAUGAGUAGCUGUGACAGAGACCAUAUGACCUGCAAAGCCUAAAAUAUUUACUGUCUAGCCCUUUAUAGAGCAAGUUUGCUGACCUUGAUCUAAUAGCACUAAUUCCCUAAUCCUUUUACUUCACCUAAAGACCUUUACCUUUUGCAACAGACUUGUAAGUGGCAAGGAACAUGGACUCCUGUAUCUUAUUCCAUAGGACAUUCUAGUGAGGAUCUACUUAAUAGAACAGGACAUAUUGUGAGCAUCAAAUGCCCUAUUUCCACAAUAUAGUAAAGCAGUUGAUACUACCCUUUCUGAAGGAGUCUUACGGAGUAACAGUAUUUAUAACCAUUUUGAGCUAAUUAAUAAGCUAUACCUCAACUCUCUGCUUUGUCUCUUAUUCUUUUGUAGUGAGUUAGGCUGAAAAAUUAUCAGCUGUUUAACCCAACUUACUUCUGAAAGAAUUGUGGUUAUUUCACGUAACUUGAGACAUCACCAUCUCCUAAAGACCUUGGUAUUAAAUGCAUGAGACACCCUUUGCCAUCUAGAAAUUUCUAAGUUUGUUCCUUGAUAUGAGACUGUAAUUGAUGAUACAGAGUUUGGGGGGGGGUCUCACUGAUCCUAGUCUGUUUGAAAUCAGAUCAUUAAAUAUCUUGUAAUUUAGGGGACUUAUUAUUUUUGACUAUGAUAGAUAAAUCUAUCCUGUUUUAAUUAUGAAGUUUAAAAUUGGUAAACGUUGUAUGACUUGUAAAGAAUUUUACUUGGUCUAAUUUAUUGCAUAUAUUAACUUCUAUUGGAAAAUGACAGCUAGAAAGUUAAACUAAGAUAAUUUCUAAGGAGUAUACUACCUAUAAGUUAACUGAUCAGGAUAGGCAUCACUCAAGUAUGACUCAGCAGAUGAAUAAUGGAUUCUUCUUGCUCUGUACUUCUCCUUCCCAUUUUCCUGUUGCAUUAAGCCUCUUCAGUGCUUAGUCACACCUCUGUGAUAGUACAAACAGAAGAAAGGGAGGAUGGUGAAUUUUAAAUCAGAGCUGCAACAUAAAAGCAGGAAGAGGCUGCAAGAGCUAAAAGACAUUUUGGAUUAUAGCACAUGUGAAUCUGCCAUCCAUACUGGCCUGUGCUCCUUGCCAUUGGACAUAACAGAUAAGUACAAAUCAAGUGGUGUUAGUAAUCAGGACCAUUACCAACAACCCCCAAAGUCUAUACUGUUAUUUUUCUAUGUAAGUGAAUUGUUUGAAAUGCUUUGAAAAUGCAAUCUUAAUAUUAAAAGGCAUAUGCAUGUGAA